AGUGUUUACAAGUAAACAAAAGUUCUCACAUGUUUCUUUAAAAAAUUAUUUUUUCUUUAAUCUAAGCUAAUAAAUUUAUUUUUACAAUGUCACAAGAAGAGCUUUACAAGACAAUAAAUCCAGUUAAAUACCUGAGAAAUUUUGUGGAGAAAUCAUUGAGACCGGAUGGAAGAGAUUUAUUAGAAUUCCGACCAACAAUAAUUAACAAAGACUCAAUUGCAACAGCAGAAGGAUCAGCAAUUAUAAAACUAGGCACAACUACUGUUAUUUGCGGUAUAAAAGCUGAACUUGCUGAACCAGAUUCCUCAGAGCCUUCUAAUGGCUUCAUUGUUCCCAACAUAGAGCUUACAAAACUAUGCUCACCCAAAUAUCGCGCUAUUGGUGUUUCACUUGAUUCUCAAAUCAUGAAUCAAACGUUGUACAACAUUCUCUUUAAUUCGGGUUGCGUUGAUCUUACAGAACUAUGUAUUGCAAAGGGAAAGCUUGUUUGGGUUCUUUAUUGUGAUUUAGUAUGUUUGGAUGAUGAUGGUUCAGUAUUAGAUGUGGCAAGUCUUGCUUUAAUCACAGCUUUAAAAUCAUUGAAAUUGCCAAAAGUCAAUUACGACUUGGAUACAAAAGUAAUCAAAGUUGAUGACACAAUUAAAAAGGGAAUAAAUCUCAAGGCUUUACCAGUGACCACAACAUUCAUUACUUUUGAACAGAAAUAUUUGUUGGCUGAUCCAACAUCGGAUGAAGAAAGUAUCGCAGACACAUUUGUAACAAUAGCAACAUGCGAUGGUCAACUAAGUUAUAUUUAUCAACCUGGUGGAAAUUCGCUUGCAUCUGAACAGUUUGAAUCUCUAAUAAAACAAGCUGGCAAGAGAGAAAAAUAUAUUAUUUCUUUAUUAGAAAAUAUUUUUGAAUAAAUCUUAUAAGAAUG